AGACGUCAGCCAUCGGUUCCUAUCUCUGCAGCGCGUCAGAGGGAAUUUCCCGAGGGGGAAGAAGGUGCACUUUAUGGAAAUCAUAUCGAUGGAUGAAUCAACUUUAUACAACGAGUGAAUCAAGUCUACCGCAGCAGACAUUAAAGGAGUCCUGCGUUAGUUCUGUGACAGUAAAAAGAAAUGUCGACGUUGACGACGACGCGCUCAAGUUGCGUCAUGGCGUCCUCCAGACUGUAAGUGGACCCGAUGGACAAAGUCAAAUGAAGUGAAGUGGACUGAGGCCAGCGUUCAUGUUCAGUUUGUCUCCAAAGAGGAACGAUGGCGGGAGACGAGCACUUCCUUCCUGCGAGCAGUCAGAUUCUGGACACACUGAUGAUGGACCCCUCCUGGGACUUCCCACAAUUCACUGCGCUUACGUCUCACAGCACAGCUCUGAGGACAGGGGACGGCCCUUUCCUGCACAUCCUGGAGCAACCCAAACAGCGAGGCUUCAGGUUCCGCUACGGAUGCGAAGGCCCGUCUCAUGGUGGCUUGCCGGGAGCCUCCAGCGAAAAGACCAAGAAGACCUAUCCUGCUGUCAAGAUAUGUAACUACCAAGGUCCGGCCCGCGUGGUGGUCCAGCUGGUGACGGCGCUCACCCGCUUCCCUCAGCUGCAUGCUCACAGCCUGGUGGGCAAACAGUGCGACAAGGGUGUGUGCAUCGUGGACGUGCCCUCCAAAGACUCCAACAUCACAUUUCCCAACUUGGGCAUCCUACACGUGACCAAGAAGAAUGUGGCCAAGACUCUGGAAGAGCGCAUGAUCGAGGCCUUCAGGAUGGGGUACAACUUUGGAGUCUCCAUCCACACUGACAUUGAUACCCUGCAGGGGGAGGGCCGCGUGCCCCGGGAACUCACCGAGCACCAGCGCAGCGUGAUCAGCAGCGCGGCGUCACUCCAGGCCAAGGAGAUGGACCUCAGCGUGGUGCGUCUUAUGUUCACCGCCUUCCUUCCGGACAGUGACGGAGCCUUCACAAGACGACUUGAUCCGGUGGUGUCAGAAGCCAUCUACGACAGCAAAGCUCCAAACGCGUCCAACCUGAAGAUCGUCAGGAUGGACCGGACCGCCGGCUGUGUGAGCGGAGGAGAGGAAGUCUACCUCUUGUGUGAUAAAGUCCAGAAAGAUGACAUCCAGGUGCGCUUCUACGAAGAAGACGACUCGGGCGUCACCUGGGAGGCUCUUGGCGACUUCUCCCCCACUGACGUGCACAGACAGUUCGCCAUCGUCUUCAAGACGCCAAAGUAUCGAGACCAGAACCUACAGAAGCCCACGUCUGUCUUUGUCCAGCUCAAGAGGAAGUCGGACAACGAGACCAGCGAACCCAAACCCUUCACCUACCACCCUCAGAUCAUAGACAAAGAGGAAGUGCAGAGGAAGCGUCAGAAGACGUUGCCAAACUUCCAGGACUUCAGCGGGCAUGGAGGUGGAGCAGGAGCAGGAGGCGGUCUGUACCGAGGAGGAGGAGGAGGAGGUCCAUCAGCAGGGGGUGGUCCAGGCUCUGCUGGAGGAGCAUCUUACUUCCACGGCUUCUCCACAUUCAACUAUGGAAGAGGAGGGGGAGGCGGAGCUUGUCCCACGGGAUACUCAGCAGGUCUUGGAGCGGGCGGAGUCAAACACGUGUCUGAGGGCAACUCGGCAGACAGCAGCGCUGAUGACAGUGAUCCAGAUGACCACCCAGAGGGCGAUGCCGUGCUGGCACGUUCGGGACACCAGGAGGAGGCGGAGGAGUCCCAGCCAGACGGAGACACGGCGAGCAGCAGACCUGUGGACGCUCUCUUCAGGUAUGCCGUGACCGGCGACGCGGCGUAUCUCUUGGCUCUACAGCGCCCCGUUAUGGCGGCACAGGAUGAGGACGGGGACACUGGACUCCACCUGGCGGUCCUCCACAGCCAGCAGGGGGCGCUGACUAGUCUGACGCAGGUGCUCGGCUCUCUGCCCGUAGACGGCGUUCUGGACAUGAGGAACCACCUCUACCAGACGCCUUUGCACCUGGCGGUGUUCACGCAGCAGAAAGAAGCGGUGGAGGCGUUACUCGGAGCCGGCGCUGACCCCACACUGACGGAUCGCCAUGGCAACACGCUGCUCCACGUGGCCUCCCAGCAGGAUGGAGGGGGAAUGGUGCGAUUUUUAUUACGCCACCCAGCCAUGACGGGAUUGCUGGAGACCUGCAACACAGCCGGUCUAUGUGCCAUCCACCUGGCCGUUCUGGCCAAUCAGCUGGCCUCUCUCAGAGAGCUGUUGGAGGGCGGAGCCAACGUGGAGGCUCAAGAACGCAGCAGUGGCAGGACCGCACUCCACCUCGCCACUGAGUGUGACAAUGUGUCGCUGGCGGGCUGCCUGCUUCUGGAGGGCAACGCCAAGGUAGACUGCUGCACCUUUAACGGUUCUACCCCGCUUCACAUCGCCGCCGGGCGAGGAUCCGUCAAGCUAACAGCACUCCUGAUGGCUGCAGGCGCAGACCCUAACAAGGAGAACCUUGAGCCUCUCUUCUUCCGGGACGACACAGAGGAGGAGGAAGACGAGGGCUACGUUCCCGGAAGCAGCCCCAUCAACAUAGCCGCCUCUGCUCAGGUACUGGAGCUCCUCAGCGGGAAAGAGUAUCAAGCCAAAUCUCCUUGCCUUAUGGUUCCCCCUCAGGGUGACAUGGCCAACCUCAGUGCUGAUGUGAAACAGACGCUGUGUCGAGCUGUGGAGGAUGACGACUGCUGGGAAGAUCUCGCUCACAGUCUGGGUCUCGGAAUCCUCAGCGCCGCCUUCAGACUGAGCCCGUCCCCUGCCAAAACCCUGCUGGACAGCUAUGAGGUGUCUGGCGGGACGGUCCGCGACCUUGCGGCUGCUCUGAGGUCAGUGGGCCAGUGUAGAGCACUGAGUGUCAUGGAGGAGGUGCUGUGUCACCACCAGCUCGAGGCAGCAGGCGAUGAUGUGUGCACUGAGCUGCGAGACAUGAAACUGGACGCGCGCGUGGACAGCGGUGUGUGCGACAGCGGGGUGGAGCUUUCCACAGCGUAGGCGUGGCCAAGUGUGUGAAAAGUCUUUAGUGGAGCACAUCAAAUACAACCAACACAUGGGAGUCGUCCUCUUCCCUCCUGACUGCCACUUGAAGCCAAAUGAGGCGUUCAGAGUCUCAUUAAUAGCAGGAAAUUUGACUUUCGUAU